AUGCUUGCCGUCUCCGUUGGGGUAAUUGAUAGCGUCUUCAUACACGCCCCUGUUGCCACGCCGGCCGCUGAACCCUUUGCGGCAGCUCCACCGCGCAGUCCCCCGUUCCCCCAAAGUCCGCUGGAAGAAGCCACAUCAACCAACAAAAUCAAAGCCGGGCUGGCAUCUGAUCCAUUUGCUUUCCAUAGACGGCCAACUCGCCUCAUCGAGGAUAUCCGUACCCAUCACCAGGACACGCACUUGGACCCGACACCCAAAGAUACAGACACAGAGCUCUCCCAGUCACACCUAAAAACACACACCUACACACACGGCGUUCUCUGCGACAUGCCAGACGCAAAGGCCUCCGGGGCCGACACGGGCGGCGGCACGGCGCGGGCGCGCGACCACAACCAGGGCAACCAGGGCCGGUCCUACACGGUCGAGCAAAAGGCGGCGGUGCUGCGAAUCCGGCGCUGCGACGCGACAGCGUUUUACGAGAUCUUGGACCUCGAGUCGGUGCGGCGGACAUGCACUGAGGGGGAGAUCAAAAAGGCAUACCGCAAGCAGUCGCUGCUGACGCACCCGGACAAGAACGGCCACGAAAACGCCGACGAGGCCUUCAAGAUGGUCAGCCGUGCGUUUGGCGUGCUCGGCGACAAGGAGAAGAGGGAAAAGUAUGACCGCUUCGGCACCGACCCGGACAGCCGCUUCGCGCAGGCACAGGCGCAGAGCCCCUUCUCCGGGUUUGCAUCGCGGCAGCCAUCAGGCGGCAUGGGCGCGCGGCAGGGCGGUCCCAUGGGCGGUGGUGGUGGUGGCGGCGGCUGGGAUGAGGAUAUCAGCCCCGAGGAGAUGUUUGCGCGGUUUUUCGGCGGCGGCUUUGGCGGCGGCGGCUUUGGUGGCGGCGGAGUCUUUGAUACAGGCCCUCAGUUUGUCUUUAACUUUGGCGGCGGCCCGGGCAUCCGCGUGCACCAAUUCGGCGGUGCGAGGCCCCGCGGACGGCCACGCGACACCCAGAACCGACCGGAGGAGACGCAAGGCGGCGGCGGCGGCCUGCAGAACCUGAUUGGCAUUCUGCCGAUCCUACUGUUCUUCAUCUUCCCGCUGCUCACGUCCCUCUUUGGCGGGGACGGCGGGCCGGCGACGCCCAACAUGGCGUUUGACAACCCCAGCGCGCCGUACACGCACGAGCGGACGACGCCGGUGCACGGGAUCAAGUACUUUGUGCGGGAGCGGGACGUGCGGCAGUACACCAAGGGCCAGCUGGGCGACCUGGACCGGGUGGCGGAGCAGAGCGCGCUGCAGCAGAUCCGGAGCGGGUGCGAGCGGGAGCAGGCGACGCAGCGGCGGAUGCGCGAGGACGCGACGGGGUGGUUCUACCAGGACGAGGUCAAGAUGGCGCUGGCGGACGCGCUCGAGAUGCCGCACUGCAGACGGUGGACGGGGCUGGUGGAGAAGAGCAAGAAGGGGAAAUAG